AUGCCCCGGAGGAAGCAGGAGCAGCCCCAGCGCCUUCCCUCACAUGUUAGUAGGCAGGACGAGGCCGAGGCGGAGCUCAGCGAAGGCGAAGCCUGGUAUGGAAACUCAUCAGAGACGCCGUCAGAAGCCUCCUAUGGCGAAGUCCAGGAGAACUAUAAGCUGUGCCUGGAGGACCCGAUCCAAGAGCAGUCCACGUCCCCAGACACCUCCCUGGGGAGCGCCACCCCCAGGAGCCACACGCUGGAGCUGGUGGCCCUGGACGGGGAGGUCCUGCGAGACUCGCUGCCCUGCCAAGACCACCUGUCCCCCGGAGUGUCUUCUUUGUGUGACGAUGAGCCCCCGGGCUCCAACAAACCUCUGAGCAGCAACUUGAGGCGGCUGCUCGAGGCUGGUUCUCUCAAACUGGAUGCCACAGUCCCGGCCAAUGGCAGAGUGGAGUCGCCCGUGAACGCGGGCUCCAACCUGUCCUUCUCCUCGCCCUCUCAUCAUGCCCAGCAGCUCAGUGUCCUGGCCAGGAAGCUGGCCGAGAAGCAGGACCAGAACGACCAAUACACUCCAAGUAGCCGUUUUCUCUGGAAUCAAGGUAAGUGGUUGUCCACGUCAACCACCGCCUGCGGCCUGUCCCCAGACUCGGCCAUCCUCAAGCUGAAAGCCGCAGCCAACGCCGUUCUGCAGGACAAGUCGCUCUCCAGGACGGAGGACACCGUGCGAUUCGAGUCCUUUUCCUCCCCCUUUAGCUCCCAAUCUGCCAGUUCCACCUUGGCAGCGUUAUCCAAGAAGGUCAGCGAGAGAAGUUUGACUCCUGGUCAGGAGCAUCCUCCUCCGGCCAGCUCUUUCCUUUCGCUGGCUUCGAUGACCUCCUCGGCCGCCCUCCUGAAAGAGGUGGCCGCCAGGGCCGCUGGCACCCUCCUGGCCGAGAAGUCCUCCUUGUUGCCUGACGAUUCUCUGCCGCCACCGCCUUCUGAGAAGAAGCCAGAGAAAGUCAGCCCCCCGCCACCGCCCCCACCCCCGCCGCCCGCGACGCAGUCCCUGGAAUUGCUGUUACUUCCAGUUCCUAAAGGAAGAGUCUCCAAGCCUUCCAAUUCAGCCUCAGAAGAAGAAAGCGGGAAGCCUUUCCAGUGUCCAAUAUGUGGUUUGGUUAUUAAAAGGAAGAGUUACUGGAAGCGGCACAUGGUGAUUCACACAGGUUUAAAAAGUCAUCAGUGCCCGCUCUGCCCAUUCCGGUGUGCUCGCAAGGACAAUCUCAAAUCCCACAUGAAGGUAAGCCAGCUCCCACGGGACCCGGGGAAGAACAGGACCAAUAUUGUCUGUGAGGAAGGCUACACCCGUUUGACAGCUGCAAAUCAGAAGGAGCCCAUGAAUCUUAAUUUUAAAGUGAAAGAGGAACCCAAGGAAGAAGAGCCCCUCAACACCCCUUUGCCUCGAUCCAGCUAUGUGUUCAGCCCAGAAUCUGAAGUGGCAUCCCCAAGUAUCUCAGAGGACACCCUAAAGACCCAGGAAGGGAAGGGGAGCGGACUCCGGAGGGACGUGUCGAUCAAAGCUGCUUCAGAACUUCUCAUGAAACUCUCAGCAGAGAGCUACAGGGACACGCAGACGGUGACAGUUAAAGAAGAGCCCAUGGAGGUGGACCUGCAGGACUCGCAGGUCUCCAUCUCACCCAGCCGGAACGUUGGCUACAGCUCCUUAAUCGGGCGAGAGAAGACUGAGCCCUUGCAGAAGAUGCCAGAAGGCAGGGUAGCCCCAGAGAAAAGCCUCUUCAGCCAGGACAUCUCUGUGAAGAUGGCCUCCGAGCUUCUCUUUCAACUGUCAGAAAAAGUGAGCAAAGAGCACAAUCACACGAAGGAGAACACUAUCCGGACGAGCACCAGCCCUUUCUUUACAGAAGACACAUUUAGACAAUCACCAUUCACCUCCAAUCCGAAAGAUCUGCUACCCAGUGAACCUGCGCUUCACGGAAGAAUACCAGCGCCAGAAACGGAAAAGAUCGUCCUGGAGGCUGGAAAUGGAUUGCCAUCCUGGAAGUUCAAUGACCAGCUCUUUCCCUGUGACGUGUGUGGGAAAGUGUUUGGCCGACAGCAGACGCUGUCCCGACACCUCUCGCUGCACACGGAGGAAAGAAAAUACAAAUGUCACCUGUGCCCCUAUGCUGCUAAGUGCCGUGCGAACCUGAACCAGCACCUGACCGUCCACUCGGUGAAGCUGGUCAGCACCGAUGCCGAGGACAUUGUCAGUGCCGUCACCUCAGAAGGCGGGGAUGGGAAGAAACACCCGUAUUAUUACAGCUGUCACGUAUGUGGAUUUGAGACUGAGCUCAAUGUCCAGUUUGUCAGCCACAUGUCGCUCCACGUGGACAAGGAACAGUGGAUGUUCUCCAUCUGCUGCACGGCCUGCGACUUCGUCACCAUGGAGGAGGCAGACAUCAAGGCCCACAUUGGCUCCAAGCACACAGGGGAAGACAGGAAGACCCCCAGCGAAUCAAACAGCCCUUCCUCGUCUUCCCUCUCAGCGCUGAGUGAUUCCGCCAACAGCAAAGACGACUCCGAUGGCUCCCAGAAAAACAAGGGUGGGAACAACUUGCUGGUCAUCUCUGUUGUGCCUGGGAGCCAACCCCCACUGCAUAGUGAGGAAAAGCCAGAGAAAGGGUUCGAAUGCGUUUUUUGCAACUUUGUCUGCAAGACGAAGAAUAUGUUUGAGCGCCAUCUUCAGAUACACCUCAUCACCCGGAUGUUUGAGUGUGACGUGUGCCACAAGUUCAUGAAGACCCCUGAGCAGCUGUUGGAACAUAAGAAAUGCCACACUGUCCCCACUGGUGGGCUCAAGUAAGGAAAGCAACUCAGGACAGUGGUGAGUUUCAGACUCCUCUAGGUAAGGCCCA